AUGAGCGUGGUGGUUUCUUGCUAUUUCUUUUCUUGUCCGUCUCUCAGACCACGCAUUCUUUCUUCGCUGGAAUCUCUCCGAGCAUGGCCAUGGCCGACUCCUCCGCGCUCUGCGUUCCUUCCCCUUUCCGACCCUUCUCCGUCUUAUCUCGCUUCUCCGAUCCCUUCCUCCCCUUCCAAGCUCUCCUCCAUGAGAUUCCCCUCUCGGAACAACCGAUCGCGAGGGCUUCUCAGAUGCCUUGCUAAAGAUGGCAACAAUGGCGAUGUUUUCAGUGAAGAUCCCUUUGGGCCUUAUCCUUGGGAAUCCUCCCUCUCCUCCGGCGAUGGAACAGCUAUUCAAUGGAUGCCUGAAGAUAGGAUCACCCUUUUUACAUCUGAAGGGCUAAUUCAGAUUGGAGGUUCUCUUGUCCCUCGCCGGUUUCCUACAUCCGAUAAACAAAAGAGCAGGCAAAAGGCUCCACAGAGGUUCCAACGGUUUCAAGAGAGUGAUUACAUGGAUCCAAACCAAGGUCUUUGUCUUGGUGCACUUUUUGAUAUUGCUGCAACAAAUGGACUUGACAUGGGGAGAAGAUUAUGCAUAUUCGGCUUUUGUCGAUCCAUUGAGAUGUUAAGCGAUGUUGUUGAGGACAUUGUAUUGGAGAAUGGGGGUGAGGUGGUCGCUGCGGAGAAAGAAAGCAAGGAAGGGUUGCAAGAGAAGCUAAACAUGACUGUGGCCGUGCCGUUGCUCUGGGGUGUCCCUCCGGCAUCGGACACCCUCCGAUUUGCUGUUCGGAGUGGUGGAGGGGUAGUGGAGAAGGUCUAUUGGCAGUGGGAUUUCUUGUAAAGAACUCAGAAAACAAUCUGUGCAUUCUGUUGUACAUAACAACUUACUUUCUUUCAUGUAAAUGUGUUUACUCCAUGUAUAAGAUUUCUGAUUGUUGUAACCGUGCAAAAUGCAAGAAGGUUAAUUCAAUUGUUCUGAUUCAUUGUAACUGGA